GGUCCAUCAGUUGCCCUGGGUGUCCCAAUCUAAUAAUUAAAAUCAAUUACAGAUUUAAUCAUUGCCAUUUAUUUAAAUAAUUAAUAGGUUAAAAAAAUGCCUUACUUGAUUUUCACUGUCGUAUCAAGUAAUCAGAAGGACAUUCUGUCACCAAGUUACAAUUUCUAAGGAUAUCGUUUUCUGUGUUGCUGAAUUAUGGAGAAGGAUCUUGGCAGAAGAACUUAAAUUGCAAGCAAAUUAAUAUGAAAUGAAUUUGUUCCUUCAAGUCUCUCACUUCCAAGAUAUUUAGAGGUUUAAAGAUAUAAGCAUCUUCAAUUUGAUCCAGAAGUGAACUGACAGAAGUGAAGAUUUUAAUAUAAACCCGUCUUGAUAUAAAUAUACCUAGUCAACAUUUGCACCCUCUAAAAUUUUUGACCAAUUUUCAAUGGCAGUCCAAUGUCUAAACAAUGCUGUAAAUCCACUGGAUUACUAAUGUUGCUCCAUUUGGUUCUGAUGUUGCUAACUAUUGUUAACCACUACAGACUGAAUCCAAAUGUCAUAAAUAAGCAACUAGUAUGCUCCGUUAUAUGCAUGCCCUGUACAUUUUAGCCUCCUACAAAGAUUUUAAAAAUAUAGAUAAUAAUGUAAAAUUCUUAGUUCAAAAUUUGUUCCAUUGUGAACUCGCUUUUUACUUUUUUACAGUCUCCUUUUUUUUUCUUUCUGCAGGAAACAUCACCAUGGAAGAUUAGUCAGAAGCCUCUUUUCUUUCUUUGCAUCACAUGAUGUGUCAUGCAAAAUUAGAAAUGUUGAUCUCAUAACUUUAAUGCCUGAUUAAUUAGGUAAGCAUAAUGGAAGGCACUCACACGGUCCUCCAGUUGCAUAGGCCCAUUAUGGAACUUUGCUAUGUCAGUUUCUAUCUUCCGAGGGGCAAAGUCACAGGAUUCACAUACAAGGGCUGUGUAACUCUGGAUAAAUCCAGUAAAUGUUUUCAUAACUGCUAUCAAGUGAAAGAAGACUCAGAAGGGGUUGGAUCACAAGGGCAGAGCUGCGAACACAUUGGCGAAAUCUUCUUUAAACAAACAACUACUGAGAAUAUUCUCACUGAGUUGUACAAACUAAAUGCUGAAAAAGAUAGAAUCUUGACAACUCUCCUUAGUUCAAGCCACAUACUUGGAGUUAAAAUGGGAAACCAGGAUGGAAAACUGGAACAAGUUUCAGAACAUUUGAAAUAUAAAGAGGAGAAGCUGGAUUUCAAGGAUCAGUCAGACUCUUUUUCUGGAUCCACACAGAAGUCUAGUCUGAAAAACAGAAAAAGAAGAAAAUCUAGCAAACGGAGAGAGAGCAUUGAAGAAUUCAUAAACAAGAAUAUCAAAAGGAAGAUAUCUGCAACUUUGGAUCCUCCGGCAUUACACUACAAGGAAGCUUUAUCAGGAAGUGACAGAUAUCAUUCUGAUGAUUCCUCCAGAUGUUUCAUGUGUUCUGAUGAGAGGAAGGUGGAAUACAAAGGUGAAUUAUCAGAUGGGAAUAAACCUGCAGAACUAUCAAAGAGAAAACAGUGCUUACUUGAGGACUGUCAGGUAUUGGAAUCUGAUUCAGAUCUCUCUGUUUCUUUCUCUGAAUAUGACAACAUAGUUUUUGGGCACUGUUUUGCACAUUCCAGCCAUAGUCUGUUAGAUGAGGUAGAGGGUACGUUUAAAGCCGUUCAGCAGAGCAGCCCUUUGCUGAAUACUUUCCAAGAAAAGUUAACAUCUGAAGAGAGGUGUGAUUAUAGCCAUAUUGCAGGGAUCUGCAAAGGUACAUCUGAAAUUGGAGAGCUUUUAAAAAGACAAGACACGAAAGAUGCUGCAGGAUACAGUCAGGUGUCUUGUGCCACCAGUGAAGAAAACAAAUUAUCAACUGGUUUAGGUGCUACCAGUGAGAUAGGUCAUGAAGGAGUUCCUCAACAAUCUAAAGUAGAACAAGAUUAUUUGUUUGAGGAAGCAUGUAGCCCAGUGAAAGCAGUCAAUAAAACCUUGCAGAAAGUUAUACAGUUUGACAGAUUAGACGAAUCCACAGAAUGGAAGAAAUUACAGUGUGCUACAAGCCCAUCCAGCUUUUCACAUGAAAAUAGAGAAAAACGAACUGAACUGCCCCAGAAGAAUAAUAAUCACUUGACCUUAUUCUUGCAGACACCACCUGAGAUUUGCCAGCAGAGAACCAACAAUAAGCAGGAGGAGAAAAAAACACCCUCUCCGUCUUUAGUAGCUAUUAGCAAUGUUUUUAAUCGGUCAUAUCCUUCAUCCAAUACAUAUACACAGAUGUCUCCCCUGCCUUCUCCUUUAUCCUCAAGUCCGCCAAGUCUGAAGUUACACCACCGAAUUCUUCCACUGACUGCCCUUGAUCUUGAAAAUGAAUCUGUUGGCCAUUGUGCUGCGAGACAUUCUUCUUCAGAUAUGUCAUUGUGCAGUGACUUGGAAGCACAGAGGCAUCUCAAGGUUUCUGGAAGUGGAGAUCCCAGCCUUUUUACAAGACAACAAGGACUAUCUCGAGGUAUCAGUAAGGAUAACUCUGAAAGAAGCAGCUCUCAGGAAAAAAUCAGUGUUCAAUCUCAGCAUCAACUGCUUUCAGGUUUUCCAGUAGAAACUGCUUGGAAGAAAAACUCAGAACAGGCAGUUAAGACACCUGUCACAUAUAGAGAUGAUGAUGCCUGGGUUUUAGCUUGCAGGUUGAGGCAAUCUGAUCCUUCUGUCUAUUUAACUGAACCAGAAAGAGUGGACAGAAGUCUAUUACAUCUUGAGCUAACUGCUGAUGUAAUUCCUUCAGAACAGGAUGACAAGACUCCAGGAAGACUCCAGACUGUCUGGCCCCCACCCAAAGCAAAGGAUGAAGAAGAGAAAAUAGGCUUAAAAUAUACAGAAGCAGAGUACCAUGCUGUGAUUUUGCAGUUAAAAAGGGAACAUAAAGAUGAAAUUGAGAAACUAAAAUCUGAGUUUGAACUCCAAGUCUUUCGUAUUCGAGGAGAACAUGCUCUAUCAAUAACAAAGCUUGAGGAACACAUUCUAUAUUUAAAAAAUGAACUGGAAAAUAAGUUAUACAAGCAAAGCGAAGAAGCAAAAGAUGCCUGUGUAUCCACUGAAGAUGACAACCCACCAAAGAUAUACAGAAAUGUAUGCAUCCAGACAGAUAGAGAAACUUUUAUAAAGCCAAAUGAAAAUGAAAUACGGACACCAAAAAAUAAUCAAAAAAUUCCAAAGAAACUUUCCAUACCCUAUCUGAAUAACAGUGUUUUGGCUUCAGCUGAUCGUAAGGAAAUAUGCAGUUCAGCCCAAACCUCAGGGAAUGUUUUUUCAAAGUUGGACCAAACAGUGCCGCCACCUCCUCCACCACCUCCUCUUCCUCUCUCACUAUCUGAUUCAAUCCCACCACUUUUGCCAACAAGCUUGAGAUCUGGCCAGCCGCCACCGCCACCACCACCACCACCACCGCUUCCUUCAGCUUUUGGUGUUCAUCAGCCAUCUCUACCUCCCCCAUUAGGGCCACCUCUAACAGGAACAGGACCUCCGCCGCCUCCACCACUGCCGCCACCACUGCCACUUGGCUCUAAUUUUUCCUCAAUAAGUCAAGGUCCUCGAAAACCUGCAGUUGAACCCUCUUGUCCCAUGAGGCCACUCUACUGGAACAGAAUUCAAAUAUCAGAUAGCAGUCAACAGUCAAUGCCAACUCUUUGGGACUCAUUAGAAGAACCCAAUCUUUGUGAUACAAAUGAAUUUGAAUACUUAUUCUCAAAAGAAACAGCUCAGGAAAAGAAAAAAGCACUAGCUGAAUCUUAUGAAAAGAAAACAAAAACCAAAAAGAUUAUCAAAUUAUUGGAUGGGAAGAGAUCUCAAACUGUGGGAAUUCUGAUAUCCAGCUUACAUCUGGAGAUGAAGGACAUAGAACAAGCUGUACUUAAUAUGGAUGAUUCAGUAGUUGACCUAGAAACAUUGGAAGCACUAUAUGAAAAUAGAGCACAGAAGGAUGAACUGGAAAAAAUAAAGCAGCAUUAUGACACUUCAACAGAAGAGGAAAUUAAGCUUCUGGACAAACCUGAACAAUUUUUAUAUGAGUUAUCCCAGAUAUCCAACUUUGCUGAACGUGCCCAGUGUAUAAUCUUUCAGUCUGUCUUCAAUGAAGGGAUAAUUGCAGUUCAUCAUAAAGUUGACAUUGUUCAUCAUGUUUGCAAGGAGUUGAUCACAAUGAAAAGUGUGAAAAAUAUUUUAGCUUUGGUUCUGGCUUUUGGAAAUUAUAUGAAUGGAGGAAAUCGAACACGUGGUCAAGCAGAUGGAUUUGGUUUGGAAAUACUUCCGAAACUAAAAGAUGUUAAGAGCAGAGAUACAGGAAUCAGCCUUGCAGAUUAUGUUGUAAUUUACUACCUGCGCCAUUGUGAUAAGGAAGCAGGAACAGAAAAGAGUGUAUUUCCAUUGCCAGAGCCACAGGAUUUCUUCCAGGCAUCACAAGUAAAAUUUGAAGACCUGACAAAAGAUUUAAGAAAACUGAAGAGAGAUCUAGAAGGUUGUGAAAAACAAAUGAAAGUUGUUUUCAGAGAAUCAUCCGAAGAACACCUUCAGCCCUUUAAGGAUAAGUUUGAAGAUUUUUACUGUGAAGCUGUAGAAGAACAUAAGGCAGAGAAAAGUCACCUGGAAAAUGCACAAAAGUGCUUUGAAGAAAUGGUGAAGUACUAUGGAAUAAAGCCAAAAUCUGGUGAAAAGGAGACCACACCAAAUUAUGUUUUCAUGGUUUGGUAUGAAUUCUGCAGUGAGUUUAAGACUAUUUGGAAACGGGAGAACAAAAACAUUUCCAAAGAAAGACUCCGAAUGGCUCAGCAAUCAGUGAGUAAGUUAACUUCAGAAAAAAAAGUGGAAACUAGGAAAAUCAAUCCAACUGCCAGUCUGGUAUGUUCCAUUCUUAUUGUGAUUCUGGUUUCUGGUUCUCUUUUAAAUAGAGCAAGAAGUUUUAGUUAAU